ACUUUCAAAACGACAGGGCGCGACAGAGAGAGAAAGAGAGAAAGAAGCGUAUAUGCUAUUACUAUCAUGUCGUAAGAGCUUCUUCUCUGGUUUCCCUUUCAGUCUUCGCCGCCAUUUUUCAUCCUCUUCUCGCUCUCUCACAAAACCCUACCUCCGAUUAUUCUCCUCCUCCUCUGUACAACCUCCUUCAUCUCACUCCGCCAUGGCGGCGGCGGCGGCGGCUCAUCCCAAGGAUGAGGCUUACCUCAAAGAGGUUAUUCCUAAACGUAUUCAGCUCUUCGAGACCAUUCAAGCUCAGCAGAAAACUCAUUACCAGUCCCUUCCUUCUGAUCCCAUCAAGAUAACUUUGCGUGAUGGAACCGUGAAGGAGGGGAAGAAAUGGACGACUUCGCCUUUGGAUGUCGCUAAGGAGAUUUCGAAGAGUUUGGCCGCGAAUGCUUUGAUUUCUCAGGUGAAUGGUGUUUUAUGGGACAUGACUAGGCCCUUAGAGGGUGAUUGUGAACUCAAGCUCUUCACUUUCGAUUCUGAUGAAGGGCGUGACACUUUCUGGCAUUCUAGCGCCCACAUUCUUGGACAGUCACUUGAGCUUGAGUAUGGAUGCAAGCUCUGCAUUGGACCCUGUACCACCAGAGGAGAGGGUUUCUAUUAUGAUGCAUUUUAUGGUGAUUUGGGCUUGAAUGAAGAUCAUUUCAAGCGAAUUGAGUCAGGGGCAAGCAAGGCUGCCGCGGAAAAGCAGCCCUUUGAGCGCAUUGAAGUGUCAAGAGAACAGGCACUUGAGAUGUUUUCUGACAAUAGUUUCAAGGUUGAAAUUAUUAAAGAUCUUCCAGAAGACAAAACCAUAACAGUAUAUAGAUGUGGCCCUUUGGUUGAUUUGUGUCGUGGGCCCCAUAUACCAAGCACAUCAUUCGUGAAAGCUUUUGCAUGCUUGAAGGCUUCUUCAGCUUAUUGGAGGGGGGAUAAAGAUCGUGAAAGUUUGCAAAGGGUUUAUGGAAUAUCUUAUCCUGAUCAAAAACGUUUGAAGGAAUACAUCCAACGACUGGAAGAAGCGAAGAAGUAUGACCAUAGAUUGUUGGGUACAAAGCAGGAGCUUUUCUUCUGCCAUCCACUUAGCCCAGGAAGUUGGUUCUUCCUUCCACUUGGAACACGAGUUUACAACAAAUUGACGCAGUUUAUACGCGAUCAAUAUAGAGAGAGAGGAUACCAAGAGGUUAUAUCACCAAACAUGUAUAAUAUGCAACUAUGGGAAACAUCUGGUCAUGCUGCGAAUUACAAGGAGAACAUGUUUUUAUUUGAGAUUGAAAAACAGGAAUUUGGACUGAAACCAAUGAAUUGCCCAGGGCACUGUUUGAUGUUUCAACACAGAGUUCGUUCUUAUAGAGAACUCCCUCUUCGACUGGCUGAUUUUGGUGUCUUGCAUCGAAAUGAGGCCAGUGGUGCGCUUACUGGACUAACUCGUGUUCGGAGAUUUCAGCAGGAUGAUGCCCACAUUUUCUGCAGGGAGUCCCAGAUAAAAGAAGAAGUGCGGGGCGUCUUAGAAUUUAUCAAUUAUGCAUACAAUGUAUUUGGCUUCACUUUUGACUUGAAGCUAUCUACGAGGCCAGAGAAAUACCUGGGAGAGCUCACUACGUGGGAAAAAGCUGAGGCUGCUCUCACUGAGGCUCUAAAUGAGUUUGGCAAACCUUGGCAGAUAAAUGAAGGAGAUGGUGCAUUUUAUGGACCAAAGAUAGAUAUCAGCGUAUCUGAUGCAUUGAAUAGGAAAUUUCAAUGUGCAACUUUACAGCUUGAUUUCCAGCUUCCUGCUCGAUUUGACUUGUAUUACUCAGCAGAGGAUGAGGCUAAGAGGGAGGUACCUGUUAUGAUUCAUAGAGCUAUUUUGGGAUCUGUCGAGCGUAUGUUUGCUAUAUUGUUGGAGCACUAUAAAGGCAAAUGGCCAUUCUGGCUAAGUCCACGCCAGGCAAUUGUUUGCCCCGUGUCUGAGAAAUCUCAGCCAUAUGCACUGAAGGUAAGGGAUCAGAUUCAUGAAGCUGGUUACUAUGUAGAUGUUGACACAAGUGAUAGAAAGAUCCAAAAGAAGGUACGAGAAGCUCAGCUGGCCCAAUAUAACUAUAUUUUGGUGGUUGGCGAGGAAGAAGCUAACACUGGACAGGUUAGUGUAAGAGAGAGAGAUAAGUCGGAUCAUCCGGUUAUGAGCAUUGAUAAUCUACUCAAACGUUUCAAAGAAGAAACUGAUGCAUUUCGCUAGUGGCUGUUUUGUUUUGAAGAAUGCUUGAGUGAUUUGAAUUGAAUACAAGAUGUAAAAGGUGAACCUCAUUUGUUAUGUUAUUUUAGAUGCUAACUGUCUCUUUUGGAUCCAAGAAAAUCUAUAUUUUCUGGGUGAUAAUUUACAUUUUUAUUUUUUAGUUUAUUUUAGGAUUUUUUUUUUUCCUGGUCAAUAAGACUAGAAAUUUGCAUGUUUUGCCUCGCAUAAGUUCCUCUACUAAAUGAUUGACAGACUAAUAUUCUUUGGAUUUGAUCA